AUGAUAACACUCUCCUCCAAGCCUCCAUUAUUUGGUAAGUAAAUAAGAAUUUUUAGGCUAACCAGAUCCCAAAACUUCCAACAUUUCAGAACUCUUAGUUUGCAAAUGAAGCUUGUGUCGUCUUUGAUUGUUAAGGUAUUCCUAUAAUGUCCUGGUUGCUUGGCCAUUCAUUCCAAGGUUUUCCCGGAUGUUGGGUCACCAGUACUCUUAUACAAGGGCAGACAGCGAAAAAAAUGCGGGAAAAAUUUCUGUCUAAGAAAACAAGUGAUGGCGAACACGUCCCGGGACCUAGUGACUUUCAUUUACUUUACAAUUCCUACUCGCCUAUCCACUCCAUCUGUAAUAUAUCGCAUUGUCUUGACGUUUGAACGGCAAGUAGGAAAAAAACGAGCUCUAAGAGUUCAGUUGCCAAAACUAUUAUAAAGAUCCACUUGAAUAAAUAGAGAAAAAAACUAAUAAAUGAAUGGAACUAAAAAUUGAAACACUUCCUGGCCGCGGGAACAUAACUGAGAUCAAAAUAUCUAUCAGUUUUUUUUGGUCCAUCAGGCCAACCGGACUAGGUUUGAGUUUCAUAAACCUAUAAUUAUAUCGGGCUAUACACUGAAGAAUAUUCCCAUUAACAAAAUUUCUUUUGAAAUACAUAAAUAAUACCAAAAAGACGUGACAUGACCUGUCACUUUUGUUUUCUUUUGGUUAGAAAUUCCAGAUUUUCUGAGCGAGAACGAAUGCAACCACAUCAUCAGUUUAGCUGAAAGGGUUGGUCUCCGUGGAAGUGAUGUACAUCUUGACGAGGAGCUUAACCAGCGAAAAGAAUUUUUGCAAGGUAUGCCGAUGAAGGGUUGUCCAACGGCCAAACGUCGAACUUUUCAUGAGACGAACCAACUUGUGGGUUAAGUUCAUGAAAAGUUCGACGUCUGGCUCAGUUGAGUUCGUCUAAAUGAGUUUGGAUCGACAGUCCAACACGCUCUAUCCGUGUGCUAAUCAGACGGAUAGAACGUCUGUAGAUCUUCUCCGGAACAAACGUUACGUUGAUCUUCAUAUGCGACGAACUAAACAAAUAAAUUAGAUAUUUGUAUCAUACUGUAUUAUAUACUUAGCCUUGUUCGGGAGUAAAUUGUUUAAAACUGCUUUUCGGUACGAUUUAGUUUAUUGGCUAUACGGGUCCUAAGUUCGACGUCUGACCCAACAGACGAUCGUGACUUAAGUUAGAUCGACCCGAAUUAGAGCUUGUUUCGUCUCAUGAAAAGUUUGACGUUUGGCCUCGGCCUUAGUUAGUUACCGUUAAACGCGUAUUGUUCACGUUUGGACUGCCGUAAACGGGCAUGUUUGUUUGCGUUUACACUAGCUUAAACGGGACUCGAAAUUCGACAGAACGUUGGUUUAACUGUAGUUGUUACACACUCAUGUUUAUUUCUCACACUCUUUUCUAACUCUCGAUGUUCGAUGCUAGGCUUGCACAUUACCACAGCAAAUUCUCUAAAUUAGUCCCACAGUGCAAUUCGACACAACACCGACUCAGUCUAAAAUAUGUAUGAGGUAAUGUAUCGUUUAAGACUGGAUUUUUAACUAGUUCUUAACAACUCUUUCUUCAGGACAAGCCAGUGGUAAAGCAGGAUCCUUCCAUUACUGGGACAAAAACGGAGAUGGUGUCAUCACUAGAGAUGAAGUAAAUAGUAUUUUAUGUUUCAAACGUAUAGAAAACUGACAGAUACAUCUUGGUGUUUUCUUGAAAACAGCAGAGUAGUCUUAGUCACGCCAUUUUUGAGGCACGAAAGAGGCUGAAAACGUUUCAGUGACGUGAGCGUUAAAGCAGAUACAAGCAAGGCUCUUGAGUAUGCUUUUAAAUUUAUUUAUACAAAAUUCCUCUAACUAUUUACCCUAUUCAAUUUUUCUACCAUUUUAGGUUAUUGAAUUUGCUGAGGGUUUUAAAUUUCUUUAUCUCGACCCGACGGAGGUAGAUGACAUGUGAGUACGUAUUUAUUUUGACACGAACAAUUCUUAGAGCGGCUGAAUUUGUCUGCGGUAUCUAAGAGCAAAUGUUGGUCUAUAUUUGGAUUUUAGGAUAAGCAAGCUUAACAUAGAGGAGUUUGAUGACGGUAAGAGAAGCAUAUUAAUUUGUCGGAUUAUCUUGUGAAAGUCUUCCUAGAGUCCGUUUAAGACUCCGCGACGACUUCUUAAGUCCAUCUCUUUCCCUGGCAUUUAGAUCCUUAAGAUAUAUAUUUUGACUGCUUAAGUUUUCCCCUUCGAAAGUAUCUCUGAGGAAUUAGUAACUGCGUGGACAUAUAUUGCUAAUCAAGAAACAGAAAUGUACAGAGGAGAUUUAUUUUGGGCGUGGACAUUGUGAAAACGUUGAAUGAAGUCGUUACGGGGUUUACCUGGAAGGUGUACGAAACGGACAUUCUACUGUUUUUAUUGAACUUUUUGCAGAUCAAGUAACACAUGAGGAGUUUAAAACACUACCUACUGCUGCCAUGGAUCAAUACAUGAAUAACAUAAAAGAAACGCAUCCAGCACAUAGAGAGAGGUUUAGCAACCAGGCCUGGUUGUUACAAGGGAAGUUUGCUGAUGACGUAUUACGACAUUUGAGGAAGAGGUAAGCUCGCCUGACUGUUAAAACAGAUUUUCAACGGUACAAUUGAGGCCAACUGCUUACUCCACCGCAACCCCCUCGUCAAGCCAGAACCACCAUCAGUGAUUUAAAGGGGCUGUGCCACGGCAGUCCAGUUCAUUUUGUUUACUUGCCAAUUACUCUCCCUAUCGCUACACUCUUUUUUUUUGUAAGAAUAUAUUUAAUAAGAAUAUCGAGGCUGAAAUUUGCGAAAUUUUAAGAAUAUUUUAAGAAUAAAGCCAAGGCUGAGACUUUGAAAAGGAUAGAUAUAAUUUUGUGUGUUGAAUCAUCAGUAAAUACAAUUUUAACUAUAAAAUUAUUCCUUUCUCUGAACGGCGAAACUAGGCAACAAAACGAAAAAACCUGCACUAGCUAUAGCAAAAUGUUCAACGCUAAUGACAGUUCGAUGAACGGUACAUGUAAUACAUAUACAUAUACCUCAAUAAAUUCUAAAACGGAAAUGUCAUAAGCUAUAAUUUAAGAAUAAUUCGAAAUAAUACAAGAAUAUUUUCAGCCUAAAAUCGGCAGAAAAAUAAGAAUAUUCAGCCUGGGCCGGAAAAAUAACAUUAUUAUAAAUAAAAAAGAGUGUAUGGAAUUAUAGGUAAAUAACAAAAUCAGAGAUCCGAGACAAACAAAUAUGUUUCCUGAGCGUUAUUUUUGAAGUUGCAAACAGCAGGGAUCAACUUUGAAAACCCGUUAGGCUGAACAGUUUUCAAAAACCGUAAUUUCAAUCCGUUUCCAUCUUCUUCAGUUUUGCCCAUCCGUGGCAUCUGUUUUUUCUGUUUUGUUAUUUUAACCUUCCUUUAAAGUUUUAAGCGGUUAUUUUUAUGUUUCUCUUAAUUUAACGGGCAUUUUGUAAUGUCCUAAUUUGACUGAAUUUCGUGACACAGCUCCUUUAAAUAAUUCAAGUACAUGCUUUACUUUAUUUUAACAGAAUCACUAAGCUGACAAGACUCUCAGAUCGAACAAUUCGCGGUGGUGAACCUCUCCAGGUAUAAAUGUCUAUUCUUAUGUUAGCAAUUAAUUAUAUUAGCAAUUUAUACUGAUUAAAAGGAUAAUAACCUCGACAGCCAAACUCAUGGCUGUUGUAAUCUUUUAAAUAACAGUGAACGUAGUCCUUGCAGUUAAUUGAGAGUCAAAGCGGCUGAAUUAGAAACCUGAAAACCUCAGGUCUGAUAAGAGAUAGGAUCCUGUUUAUAGCUGAAGAGCAGGCCAAUUGUUGAAAAUUGACUAAAAAAAAAAAGGAUGUUGCAAACUGUUCUGUGGAGAAGUUGAUUCGACCCUUAGUGGAUAUUCCUUCUUCGAUCUGCCCUUCACUCACCUCGCUUAACCAAUAGGUGCCAUUUUGAGUCAUAUGUUAUUCGGAUUUCACCCUACUUUCCAGGUGGUGAAGUAUGAUAGAAAUGGUCAUUACAAUGCACACUACGACAGUCAGCAAGUGGGGAACAUAUCGCAUAUAAAGUGCUGUCAUUUGGACCUAUCUCUAUUGCCAAAUUGCAGAGUUUGCAGGUAAACCUGUUUCGUUAGCUUUUCAUAGCUUCUGUGAAUUUUCACUCAAUUCUGGCUAAAUUCCAAGUGACUGAAAGAAGACAUAACUGAAGAGGAGAGAUUUCGAAAUAAACUGUGGACUGGGAGAAUCUCCACCUACCUCUCCCAUAACCCAACAUUAUACUUUAGGUGAUGGGUUAGUGUUAAUUUUGGGUUGGGGGAAGGGUAGGUCGAGAGAUUUCCUGAACCAUAACGAUCUAAACAUCUCCAAUUGCACCAUGCACCUCACACACAUCUUCUUCCUGUGCAACCGAGUAUUGAGUUUGCAAUUUAAAAGGAAAUCAUUUAGUAAUACAUUUUUUUCCUUUUCAGAUAUGCUACUAUCCUGUAUUAUCUAAAUGACAUUGAAGAUGGAGGAGAAACAGCUUUCCCUGUGGUGGAUAAUGCCACUUUUGAUAAACAGGUUUAACAUAAGUACAUAUAAAAUAACAAGUACCUGAUAACCUUUCUUUGCCUGUGGAAUGUUUCGUAAAAUGCUGAUUGCACUUAACCUUGUUUCCUGGUUGGAACGAUGCAUGCAAUGAGGCGCAUAUGUGGCACACUUAAGCAAUACCAUGACCAGCUCUCUGUUUUGAAAAUGAAGUAAAAGUAAAAAUACCCGUGACAGAAAGCGUAGACUCUACUCACAGUAGAAAUCCCGUUACAUGAAUCAAACAAACAUCUUUAGAGCGUCUCGAGUUAAUGUAGUCACGACUGCUAGAUCAAAUAGAGCUUAAAGGAUUGGCAAUGAGAUUUCAUAUUACGAUACUGAUGUUCAGUGCUAGGGAUUUUUACCUUGUUAACAAGAUCAUUUCUGUAUUCGGUGCAAGAAAUUUUUUUCGGCUCCCCAAUUCUCAGUAUUACUUUUUUGCAAAUGCAUCUUAACGGCAACUUAACCUGAACUACCAUCACUUUGACAUUUAAACGAUUUUCUCAUUUUUGUUUGGCUCAGGCGAACAAACAAGGUCAGACACCCUUGUUGAGAACUUGCCUGUGAUUAGCUGAUAUUGUAAUUGGUUGGCCACAGUCAGGAGUUUCCUGUACUGUUAGAAACCAAUAACCACAUAAUCGCAUGACCUUUCGUUCGAGCUCUGUUUUUCAAACGAUAAGGUGUUCUUUGACUUUGUGAACCAUCUUUCUCUUAUUUGCCAGACAUACAUCGAUUCGCUGAAAGAUGACAAGUUCAAUCUAAUGCAGUACUGUCAUGAUGGAAACUUAGUUGUAGCACCGAAGCGAGGCAAAGCGAUCAUGUGGUACAAUCACUUUGUGGACGAAGAGACCGGUUGGAUGGGUGAAAUGGACGAAUACUCCCUGCAUGGCGGCUGUGGGGUGUGGUCUGGAGUCAAAUGGAUCGCCAACAAUUGGAUUACUUCUGCUGAUGCAUUGUGGGCUCACUUAAAAAGUGAUCACGAUGUCGAUUAA